AUGGAACAAUAUACAAAUUGGAAUAGUUCUUAUAUAUAUCGUAAAAUUUAUCUUAAUGAUGGUACUCAUAAAGAAUUUACGAAUUAUUUCUCAUGGAAUGAAACAAAAUGUAUUACUGCAGGACAUACUUCUUCGCAUGAACAGUUAUUACCAAUGGCACAGGAAGAUGUUUGUUUAAUACAAACUAAAAUACCACCUGCUUAUGAUAUAGAAGUACAUGGUAUAUUUGACAUUAAUGAACGUCCAUUGUGCAAGUUGGUAUCAAAAUAUAUGGACGAAAGAAAACCAAGAAUAUUCCUAAGAACAUCUCGAUUAAACUAUUUUUCAUUAGUUUCUAUUAAUGUCACUGUUCGACAAGCUACUCAAGUUGACAGAAGAACGGUUGUCAAUUCACCAAUGUUUGAAAACUAUUGGUAUUGUAAUCGUGGAAUUCAUAUGCUAUUCGAAAACAAUAAAACUACUAAAUGUCUUUGUCCUCCGAGUUAUUUUGGUGAGCGAUGUCAAUGGGAAAACCAACGCAUUAGUUUAACAAUUCAAUUAAUAUAUCGUACUAGUACAUUUGGCAUGUCUGUAUUUCAAGUCAUUAUUAUGCUUAUUGAUGAACAAAGACAAAUCACAUCUUAUCAUGAGCAAAUCACAUAUGUACCCAAACGUGAUUGCAAAACAAAGUUUAAUAUCUAUUUACUCUAUCCUGAUCAACCGAAAAAUUCUUCAGCUAAUUAUUCAAUACAUAUUGAUAUUUUUGAUAAAAUUGGUACGAGGACAAUUCGUUGCAGGACAAUUCGUCGCAAUGAUAUAAUCCAAUUACAACUUACUAUUUUUUCAUAA